UAAAACAUCUUCAUUUGAGCUGCCAUUGCAGUGUAGUUAGGAAAUGGAUCGAUCAAAACAAGGAGAUGUUAAUGGCUUAGAAGCUUCACUUAUUCAAAUCAUCAAUUCUCACCAUUCUUCUUCUCUCAAGUUACGUGAAUCCACCGAGAAGGCGAAGAAGGAUGCGAUUCGAACUGCAAGACGCGUUUCGGAGCUGUUGGUGGACUCGGUGAAUAGAGAAGUACAAGAAUCUUUUGUAAUGCAAAAGAGAAUUGAAAUGGAAAUUCGUGCUUUGGCAGCAAGCAUUUUGCAAUUUGGAAAGCAAACUGAUCAAUGGCUUGCUGCUUCACACUCUAUUAAUACUGCAAUUAAGGAAAUUGGUGACUUUGAGAAUUGGAUGAAGACUAUGGAGUUCGAUUGUAAAAGUAUUAAUGCUGCUAUCUGCAAUAUUCACCAAGAAUGACAUUUGAACCUGAAUUAUCAAAGGCCUUUGAUUUGUACGUGGUUUAUAGCAAGUUAUUUGAAGCCUUUGGCACGGUGUACAGAAUAUUCUUUUUGCAUAAUCGCUUUUAUUUCUGUACAAUGACUUGUAUUUUGUGUAAUUUAACCAGUUCCUAGAGAAUUAGGAAUAGCUAAUAUAACUUGUUAUGUCAGACAUGCACAAUAUUGGGUGCUAGAUGAGAAUUUAAUGAAAUAAUGAAUGCUACAUUAAUACAA